UGGUGGAGGGAGAGUGAGCGGGGCUGCCCUGAAUGGAUUGACAUAAGAGGGAUUUACAUUUUAACGGGCUCCGCAAAGACUACAAGGUGCACGCUGAAAACCGUCUAUUCCGCUCGAUGUAUGUUCACGUUGGUGCUUGUGUCAUGUCCAUGUGUCAUCGUCGUGAGAGGAUUGAACUUGCCAGCAGUCUAUAUUUGCCGAGGAGGGAAACCAAUACAAGGUCUCGCUGUCUCGCUGGAGCGGAGUAUUAUUAGCAGUUCAGACAGUGCAACUGUCUCUCUCUGGUCAUGCACUACAAUUACACAAUAACUACAGUAUCAUAAUUUUCAGUUCAAGAAUAAAACACAGGAAGAGGAAGAUUUUAAAAAGAAAAUAAAUUGUGUGCUGUGCAAAAGAUAAACAUUCACCUGGCUCCCAUGCCGGCUGCCAGAAAUCCUCCCCUCCACACCCUCAGCCAUGCCUGCUACUACCAAACCCGCUAGGAGACAGACAAAUGCUCAGAGAAAAAAUGGCCAGAAAGUGAUCAGCACCAAGAGGCAAACCUGUAAUUCAAAUAAACCCAGAGGAAGAGCCACAGAGAAGCCCCAGAAAACACCUGCAGAACCCAAAAGGCCCACAGCCAGGGCCCAGGCACAGUCAGGCCGAAGCCCCCGUGGAAGAGGGGUUAGUGGGCCUGCUGGUCAGGGCCCUGGGAGGUCCCCUGGCAGGGUUAACCAUGCCCUAAAUGUAACAGGAUCUGUAAGGCUUAGACGGCCAAGCAAUCCGCCUGACCACUUUGGCGAGUUACAAGACCCCCUAGGGCGAAGGAAGUCCCUGCGGGGCACACGGGUGUCUGUUACUCCCUGCCAGCCUCCUAAACCUUGCAGAGGAGGGAGAAACAGCAGGGGGGGUGCAGGGAGAGGAGCAGCAUCACAGCAAGGAAACACAAGAAACCAGCCGUCAAGCACCAACAUCAAGGACUCAACUCCUGACGAGGAAAAUGAGAAACUGGACACCCGUGAUGCUGAAGAAAUCCUUCCAGUUUCUCUAAUAACUGAUUUUGAACUUCCUGCAAGUAUCAAAGAUCAGGGUCUAGGAGUCAACAAUGCUAAAGAGGGCAGCCCUCUUAAAGCAGAUUCACCACCGUGUAACAACACACUGGAAGACUAUGUGCAGUGCAGCUGUGACAGUACUAUAACCCAACAAGACAAAAAGACUGUCAGCCAUAACAGUGAAGGUGACCUGAGGUGUGUGAUUUGGGCCCAUGUGCGUGAUGAUGUUGAUGGACAGCUAAAAAUCUGCAGUGACAGAAGUAAAGAUAGCCCCUCUGAGACCUCUGCGCUAACGAGUAUUGGCUCACCAGGGGUGCAGGGCAGCAGCGAGGGAAAUGACAGUUCAUCUAUCCUUGGAAAUAAGCUUGAUCAUCUUGCCAGUGACAGUAAGCAAGAUGAUGUGUGUACUAUACACCAAGAGGAAGGUACCAUGCUGGACUUGAAAGAGAGUAGGACAGAUGAAAGAGUGAUAGUUGUCACUGAGAGAAAAGAGAAGAUAAAUCAUGAGAGAAGAGAGAGUUUAGAGGCAGACAAAGAAGUUGAGAGACAAAACGAGACUGCGGGAGAGAUGAAGGAGAUUGUUGAGAGGCUGGGUGAUUGUGAGGGAGAAAACAAAGAAAAGCAGAAUGAUGUUUCCAUCAAUCCUGCUGACUCCCACCCCAGCACUCCAGCCCUUCAACCUCCUGAUCCACCUCACUCUAAUAAUGGACUGACAGCACAGUCAGAAUCACCUGUAAGUGUGCUACCGGUAUCCAACACAGCUACCUCAAAUCCCACCAAAGCCCCCUCCACCUCAGAGUCACUUGAGCUAGAGGUUCUGAGCCAGGGUAAGACAGACAUGCAACCUACCAUUCAUGGUGCUAAACCUCAAUUCCCAGGGUCCUCAGCUGUCGCUGAAACUGCCCUGAUGUUGCAGACUGUUCUAGUGAAAAGAAAUACGCCGGUUAUUAUCCGUAGUGACUCCCUCAAACCUAGGAGCUUGAGGGAUUCAGGUCAGGGGGAACCACACCAACUGCAAAGCCUAGAGAUCCCUUCUCCUCGGGGAGAAAGACAAGUUUGCACACCAGCAGAGAGGCAGACCAAAGAUAGUGAAUCCAAUCGAGAGCCAUUGGAGCGCCACAGCCAGAAAGAGACAUCUUUGCUGUCAUUGCUAGUUCCUCAGUUGAACACAGAUGCAGCUGAGUGUGAACCAAACCCCAGCAGGGACUGUGUUGUGGUAGGAGUGUCAGGGCCGGACUCAGUGCCAAAGAUCUCGACUCCUUCUCUGGACAGUAGCUCCACCUUGUCCUGCAGCUCCGAAAGCACUCGCUCCUCUUUUUCUUUUGACACUGAAUCAGAGGCAGGGUAUGGAGAGCCCAGCCCCUCUAUUCUACCUGGAUCUUGGGGGCCAGAGGGGGCUUGCUUGCCCUCCUGGACCGCUCGGAAACAGCAGAAGAAGGAGAGGAAGAAGCGGAGCAGGUGUGGGACGUGCGAGCCUUGCCUGAGGAAGAUCAGCUGUGGCCAGUGCAGUUGCUGCCUCAACCGCAAGACUGGCCACCAGAUCUGUAAGCUGAGGAAGUGUGUGGAACUGAAAGGGAGAAGACCUUCAUCUCCGCUCACUCUGUCUGCUGCACAGGUGGUUCCAGAAAGUGGGUCGGUAAAUGGCAAAGGCAAGGCACAGAUGGAUGACACCCACACGGCAGCAGAGGAGGAUGAGGGGGAGGAAGGCCACAUACCUCAUACACAAUCUCCCCCUAUCACCCACUCGCUCACCCACAACCUGGCUUUGGACCAAUGCGGACGGCCAGCACUUGUUAAAAGAGAGCCCGGGCUGGAGCUGACCAGCAUUGCACUUCAUCAACACGUAUGCUCUUCUGUGACUUUUCAGAAUGGUUCGGCUGACAACCUUACAAAACCUAAUGGUGCUAAUAAGACCACUGGGUCACACUCUGAUCUGAAGUUGGCAUAUAAAAGGACUACGAUUGGAUCAGAGCCUCAAAGGACUAUAAUAGCUGCAAUCCCUAAAGACUGCUCUGAGAAUGGACCCAAGACUCCUCCAGAUGACAUGUCAGUUCCUCUAAAGAAGAUCAAACUGGAGGAGCCGUGGAUGUGGAUCACUGAACAGGCCACCACACAGCUGAGUGAUGAAGAUGAGGUCUGCGAAGACCCGCUGUCCACGCUGGCGGCCGUGGUGUGUCUUUCUGUCACAGAGAGGAAGGGACUGGAGGAGAAACUUUUCAGCUCACGUUCUCCAAUUGUUUGCUCCAUCAAAACAGAGCCACCAGAUUUGCACUUCGUCAAAAAAGAGCCAGAGGACUUAAAGAAUGAUUUGUGUCAGAAAAGCACUCCUGUUAACCUGCAAAAGACUCCCCAGCCUAUCAAAAGUGAACCUCCUCCAAGUGUCUUGCUACCAAGCGUGCAGUUUUUGGCAGAGAGGAGAAAUCUUAGUUUUGAUCAGGCUAUUGCUAUUGAGGCCUUGACUCAACUGGCAGCUAUACCUCAGUGCACCCCAGGGUCCAUUAAAGCUGAAAGUAAGUGUGAACAUCCCAUUUCUACUGCUGCCCCAUUUUCAACCUCCAAUACAAAUACAACCCUGCAAGAAGUAGAACCCACAGCAGCUAUCCGCUACAACAAAGUCUCGGUCAUCAGCUCACCCCACCAGACGUCAGUCAUACGCCCUCCUGUGGCCAGACAAGGGAAUGUCAUCCAGUGCUCCCAGGGGUCCAGCUCUAACACAAAGCUGUCUCUGCAGGACCUCCUAGAGGCCAGCACAGGCGGUGAUAAAGCACCCUGCAGGAGGACAGAACAGGGCUUUGGUCCUCAUGUCAUCAAGUCGGAAUGCAACUAUAAAAAUCCCAGUGACAUGAAGUUCAGUAAAGAUCAUGAGCGGUUGUUUGGGGAGCACAGAGACAAGGUUGUUGGUCAACCGUGUAGAAACAGAGAUGAGGAGGAGGUGGCAGCUCAGCUGGCAGACCUGGCCUUUAUCAUCCAGUCCCGACACAACCAGCAGUCAAAGAACAACCCUCAAAAAGGAACACCUGUGUCAGCCAUCAAAUACAACUACAACUCCCAGCUACCCCCCAGUCAGAAAAAGACCCUUGUAAAAAAAGCUAAAGCUACGCCUUCCAAGCCCAGGAAGAAAAAAAUAAGUGAUGGACUACAUGAGGGAAUCAACUGCAGGACCCCCCUCUCAAAACGCAUGCCAAAUGGAGAGACGUCCUACAGGAGCAGAGGCAAGAAGAUUCUCCUGCAGGGGAAAUCAGGCCUUCACCACAAGAGGAACCUGUUUCUGCCUCAGGCUCAAAUUGACCUGAAGAGAUACUUGGCUGAGGCUCAGGAGGAAAGGAGGCAACUCAUCCAUCACAGUAACGGACACAAUACAGCCCUCUUAGGGCCACAUACUCAGAACUACAGCACUCUCACAAAGAUCAACCACACUCAUGGUCAAGAAAACCAGCCAUGGUUCCUUUCAAAUGGUCCACUCCAACAACAUAAUCCAUGCAAUGGUCAUGCUGCAGGACCGGGGCAGGAGUGUGAAAGGCAUUUGUUAUCUCAGGUACCGCAGCCCUGUGGUGGGCUGCAGCAUGGUGCUGAUCCUAACACCAGCCCAGCCAGUGCUGCUUUCUUCAGCCACACCACUGGGCACCAUGGUCUGGCUAAUGGCUUCUCAGGGGCUCGACAGUCCCCCCCUCUAAGCCAGCAGAGCUACUACAAACUGGAGAGGUCAGGACCUGUCACUGUCCUUUCCACGGCUACUGAUGGGGAUUUGGGCCACUCUGCAGAGUCAACUCCAUCCAAGAACAGCAUCAACAGCUUUCUGGAGUCUCCUAUAAGGUUUCUGGAUACCCCUAUCAAGAACUUGCUCAAUACACCUUCCAAAAAACUGGCUGAUCUUCCAUCCUGUCAAUGCAUGGACCAAAUCAUUGAAAAGGAGGAAGGCCCUUACUAUACACACCUUGGGGCAGGACCCAGUGUUGCUGCAGUGAGGGAAUUGAUGGAGAACAGGUAUGGUGCCAAAGGAAAUGCAGUAAGGGUGGAAGUUGUUGUUUACACUGGGAAAGAAGGAAAGAGCUCCCAGGGGUGUCCAAUAGCUAAAUGGGUGAUCAGGCGUGGCAGUGAAGAGGAGAAGCUGCUGUGUUUGGUCCGCCAGAGGCCAGGGCACUACUGUGACAGUGCCAUGUUGGUGAUCCUCAUCCUGGCGUGGGAGGGAAUCCCUCGGCCUGUGGCGGACAAUCUCUACCAGGACCUCACAGAGUCCCUCUUUAAAUACGGCUCCCCCACCAGCCGUCGCUGUGCCCUCAAUGAGGAUCGUACGUGUGCAUGCCAGGGUUUGGAUCCGGACACCUGCGGUGCUUCAUUUUCCUUUGGCUGCUCCUGGAGUAUGUACUUCAAUGGCUGUAAGUUUGCCCGCAGCAAAGUGCCCCGCAAGUUUCGCCUGCUUGGAGACUACCGGGAGGAGGAGGAGAAGGUAGAGAGCAUCCUUCAGAGUCUCGCCACUGACCUCGCACCACUCUACAAAAGACUGGCUCCUGAGGCCUUCCAAAACCAGGUGGAAAAUGAGGAGGCAGGUGGGGACUGUCGGCUGGGCAGGAGGGAGGGGCGUCCUUUUUCUGGGGUCACAGCCUGUGUGGAUUUCUGUGCCCACGCUCACAAGGACACUCACAACAUGAAUAAUGGCAGCACUGUGGUUUGCACUUUAACCAAGGAAGAUAACCGUGCAGUGCGUAACAUACCAGAGGAUGAGCAGCUCCAUGUUCUGCCACUUUACAGGAUCUCUGACAGGGAUGAGUUUGGUCGAGUUGAGGGCCAGUGGGCCAAGAUCCAAAGUGGUGCUCUGCAAGUUCUGUCUUCCUUUCCCCGAGAGGUGCGUCUACUGGCUGAGCCAGUGAAAUCAGCCCGUAAGAUUAGACAAGAGGCUCGUCUGAAGGCUCAAGCAGAGAAACUGGAGAAGAAGCUCGGGCUGACUCCUGUCACUCCUGGGAAAGUGAAAAGUGAAACCCCCAACAAAGAGCCUCAAGGCUACUACAGCUCACACAGACUACCACCCAGACCUGCCAGCGUUGGAAGGUACCUACCUAACCAACCAAGCACUUACGGCCAGAGCACCAGCAGCUACUCCACUCUGGGUGCUGGGGUCACCCCACAGAAGGAGGUCACCUCCCCCAACCACCAUAGCCUGCCUGGCCUUCAGUUUGGACAAAAUGGCUCAGCUCUAAAUUAUAAGACAAUGAGUGACGCCGUGAAUGGUUAUUCUCCAGCAUCUGGUGACCAGAGUGUUCCGUCAGAACGUAUACCUCCACAUAAUGCCCUUAGUGACUACCCCCCUACAUUUAAAACUGAACCCAACGAGGUGCACUGCUCUCCUCUGCGCCGACCCUCCCCCAGUGGGAGUGCCCCUCCCUCCUCCUUCUCCCCCAGACCUACCUCUGAGGGCCUCUUCAGCAGGCUCAAUGGACUCCACAGGGCUGCAGGAGAUGUCGCAGCAGAGGCCAGGGGUCACAGCCUCCUCCCUCCGCUCUCAUCUCUCCCCCUUCCCCCACAAACUCCCCCACUUGAACCAGAGGAAGUUAAGCAGGAAGAGGUGUGGUCAGACAGCGAGCACAACUUCCUGGACCACAACAUAGGCGGAGUCGCCGUGGCACCGUCACACGGCUCCAUCCUGAUAGAGUGUGCACGGCGGGAGCUCCACGCCACCACCCCUAUCCUCAGGCCCAACCGCAGCCACCCCACCCGCAUCUCCCUGGUCUUCUACCAGCACAAGUCUCUAAAUGAACCAGGCCACGGGAUGGCUAUGUGGGACGCAAAAAUGGCCAAGCGGGAACGGGACCGGGAGGAGGAAGCUGAGAGAUUAAGGAUGGAGGAAAGCCUCAGCAACUGCGUGGAGAAGAACAGCAAAGGAGCUGGAGGCGUGGAGCUAGAGGAGAAAACAGGGGAGGAGGCAGAGGAGGCAAGGAGGAUCAUGAAUGUCCCCACACAUCAAGCAUGGACUUUCUCAAGGGAUGGUGUCAUCACUGUGUCCCCUUAUGCUCUUACCCAAGUGACGGGCCCCUACAAUCGCUGGACUUAGUCAACAUGUUUUACACACACACACACACACAGAAAACUCCUACACCCUGUGCUUCUGCCUUACCUCAAUCAACUUCAAACUGCUACUCUCAUUUUUACAUCGUUUUCAUUGUGCUUUUCUAAUAUCUGUUUGUUCACUUUGUCCUUCUACAUCUCUGCCUUCAGAGUGAUGAGGAAGACCAAAGUUUGUUGGCUUUUUGACUGUGAGUUUUCUGUGUUGUUUUUAUUGUAAAGAGAUGGUGCUUUGAAGCAUUUUAAAGACGUUUUUAAACUGGUUUUAUAUACAUGAUUAAGAACAAAAAAGAUGUGAUUAUUUAUUCUGAUCAUAACGAUUUCUAUUUAAUUCCUGGUGUAAGCCUGUUUACUGCAAGAUUUAUAUGAUAACCUGCAUUAUGUGUUGACGCUCAGAAUUUAUGUUGUACAGUAGGACUAUGCUCUUUAAUUUCAGCCAAUAGUUCUCUUUUCAUAAGAUGAAUCUUGUUGGCUUUUACAUUGGUGCCAUUCUCACUGUAAUCUUGGUUUAGCAAACUCAUUACAUCACAUAAUGUAGAAAACAAGACUAAUAUUGUGCAUAUAUUUACCACAGAUUGUCACAUGUAGCAUUGUGCUUUUCUUUCUGCUGCCUCUGACUUCUGUUGGCAGUUGAUGAAAGAAAUGUACUUCUUUGGUUUGUUGUUUUGUUUAUUUUCUCUACAUCUGGAUGGUUUGUCUUUUAUUCACAGAUAUAUAUGGCAUAUUAAGAAGCACUUUUUUGUUUUCCUAAACUUAACUUGAAAAAGGUCCCAAUCCAUAGGCCUGAAUAUGUAUGUACAGAAAGAGAUAUAUAUGACAGUUUAGCAUGAACCCAGUUUUAUUUUUACAGUAUUUCUGCAUUUGAUUUUAAUUGAUGAUUCAUUAGAUUGAAAAUGGCAUACAUAUCUAAUGAAAUUCAAAACUUGGCAUAAUUAGGAAUCAUGAAAUGCUGCAACAAUGAAGUGCUUAUCAUUAUUGGCACUUAACUUAUGUUCACCUUCUGGAAAAGGAAUUCAAGUCUUUCAUAGGGCACAAAUGUGAUUAUAGGAUUUCAAAAACUUACUGUACAUUUUAAUGGUGCUAAUGAGACCUCUGUUUUUUUAACAGAAAUCACAGUGUCAGCUAUGUCAACAGAAUAUUGCCAGUUUUUUAUGUCCAUACUCUGGAUUUGAAUACAAAACUAUCAGCCAAUGCUGAAUAAUCAAACAAUUUCUUUUUUUUACUCCUCUGAUUUUGUUGGAAAACCACUCACACAUCAGAUCCCACUCAGACAAUUGCCUAAGACGAUUUUGGGUGCUCGACCCUUGUGAAGACUUUGUUUACAGAUAGCUUUUAUUACAGGGUCUGAAUAAGGGGGUUGUUGUCAACUCCUGGUGAAUCAGGAUUUUUAUUUUAUUACCCAUGAAAGAGAAGCUCUUCAUUUUAAGAACUCAUCAAUGAAAUUUCGGCACAAGCGAUAAAGACUUUUCACUGAUAUUCACACUAACACUGGUGGUAUAACGUUUCCUAUGAGAAACAUUUUGGUCUUUUACACACUUUGACUUCCUUUUGGUGCUAAUAGGACAAGAUUUCAAGGUGCAUACAUUGACCUAACCUGGAUAUGUAAUAAAUGGUGAUGGCAUGGUGCUUUUUUGAAACUCAGCAUACACUGACCUGGUAUAUGAUUCAAUACAAAGGUAGUUUUGUCAUUUUUCUGCCUGAUCUCUGGCUGACAACAGACUGAGAUGCGUUGGUAUCCCGUCAUUGAUCAUGAUGUUUUUCAAGUACCAGUAAAAAGCAAAUUAUUGUAUAGAUGUCCAUCUAGAGUUCAAAUGUCUUCCACAGAGAACCAAACUCUCUGACAAUUCUCAAAAAUCACAACAUACACACAAAAUGAAAUGAAUGUAAACAGUUUUUAAAUCAGUUGAUUUAGAAAGAACAUUUUUGAACAUGACAAAGUUACAGUUGUAAAUGUUUUCUUUUGAUUUACUGUGGGGGACAUUAUCAGUCCACAUUGAAAGUCUUUGUAUCAACGAGGAACUAACAACUAGCACCAGCAUUCAAAAAUCUGAAAAAAGACAAAAAAAACUUUUAUUAGUAGAAAAUGUGUAAAUAUGUAUGUGAACCAUAUUGUUUUUACUGUACUGUUAAUGGUGUUUAGACAAUGGAUGAUCUUGCUUAUUUUAAAACUGAGUUACUGUACGUUGCUGAAAGUAUAUCCAGUUUAGACUUGAGAAGAGACUAAAUUUAGCAUUCCUUUUAUGGAUGGCUGAUCUCUUUUGGGAUUGUGAAAUAAAGUCAUAUUUAUAUUUUGGACCUGA